GAAUCAGGCCAGAGUACCUGGACAGGUCGCCAGUCCAUCACGGGACACACUCAAUUACAUGAUAUUGCAAAUGGACGUCUAUCAUAAGUGCAACGAAAAACAAAAGAAACUAUCCCAAGGGUCUAUGUGGGUCGUCUUUUUGUCCCUCUGUCAGAAUUAAACCUCAAAUACAAGUUAAAUACUUGUUUGAUUUUGAUUGUCUGUUCUUGGUGUGGCACGUGGGAAGGGAGCAGCCUGAUUUUAGGGAUGACGCCCACCCCUCCACAGUCCUUCUUUGGGGAUCAAAUUUUGGUACUUAUAAUAUUUGGAGUUGCAGCAAUCAUUAACUCUGUUCCAUUUUUACUGUUACAGGCCUGUGCUGGCAUCUACAUCUAAGGACACAGAUCGCUGGAAUAUGAUUAUGAAAGAGAGUAGAACAGAUUAUAAACUCAGAUGAAAAACAAAAGCUCCGAGUCAUUAAUAGAGUUACGUCAUGGCGCUGAGCGUGCGUCUCCACACAGCAUCGUCAUAAUCUCCAGCUUUGAAACGGAUUGCCAGUGGUCCCUGCUUCUCCCACAUGGGCCGCAACCAGGCAGCACCACGUGACUCUGGAUCUUUUGCCAGAGCGAGCUGCUCAUACCGCAUCAUGGCUGCGGAGGAUGCGGCCGCGCGGUACCGAGCCGGAGCUCUGCUCUCCCGCGGGGCUCCGCUCUCUACGUCCCGCCUGCUUCUCACCUCCGCCUGCAUAUGUGCGCUGCUUCCCUCCCCGACACUUUGUUUGCUCGGCUUCCGCCCGGAGGAGACCGGAGCGGAGCUGUCCGUGGAGGACGGGGUGCUGAAAGCCACCGAGGGAACCCGCUUCAUGCUGCGGGUUUACUACUCCACCUCCCCACAGAGGCUUAACCGCACCGCGGGGACUCGUGCCAACAACGCCGCGCCCUGGAUCGCAUUCAUCGAGGAGCCAAGUCCAGGGAGAGAGGGACAAGUUCACCCCAAGAGAAAUAUGUGCAUGGACAAGAACGCCAGGACGUCCGACAUCGAGGUUUUAGGUUCUUUUAAGUCUGCCUCGAGUCAGAACUCGGUUCUGGUAGAGCUGCUGGCCAAAGACCUGCGCAGGGGCGAAAAGAUCAAAUUCUACUCGAUGUGCGCCUUCGACGGAUCCAAAUGGGAACAUUACAGAACCCGGGAUUUCUGGGUGGCCGUGACAGAGCGCUCUGCCGUCCCGGAGCUGUGGCUGCAGGUGCUGGUCUCCGUCCUCCUUCUCGGCCUGUCAGCUCUGUUCAGCGGACUGAAUCUGAGCUUGUUGGCUCUUGACCCGGUGGAGCUGCAAGUCCUCCAGAACAGUGGCACUGACACGGAGCAGAACUACGCGCGGAAAAUCGAGUCUGUGCGUCGUCACGGUAACUACGUCCUGUGCACAUUACUGCUGGGGAACGCCAUCAUCAACGCCUCGCUGGCCGUGUGGAUGUGCCAGAUUCUGGGCAUGACCUGGCUCUCCACGGUCAUAUGCGCCUUCGGCAUCUUCUUCAUCGGGGAGAUCCUCCCGCACUCCGUGGCGUCGCGCCACGGUCUGGCUAUCGCUUCCAAAACCAUCUGGGUGACGCGGCUGCUGAUGGUGCUCUCCUUCCCCAUCUCGUACCCCAUCAGCAAGCUGCUGGAUCUCAUCCUCAACCAGGAGAUCUCCAACUUCUACACCAGAGAGAAACUCCUGGAAAUGCUGCGCGUCACCGACCCGUACCACGACCUGGUGAAGGAGGAGCUCAACAUCAUCCAAGGUGCGCUCGAGCUACGCACCAAAACCGUGGAGGAUGUCCUGACGCCGCUGACCGAUUGCUUCAUGCUGGCCUCGGACGUAGUUCUGGACUUUAACACUAUGUCUGAGAUCAUGCAGAGCGGGUACACCAGGAUACCGGUGUUUGAGAACGAGAGGUCCAAUAUUGUGGACAUCUUGUUCGUCAAGGACCUGGCCUUUGUGGACCCGGACGACUGCACCCCUCUGAAGACCAUAACCCAGUUCUACAAACACCCGCUGCACUGCGUCUUCAACGACACGAAACUGGAUGCGAUGCUGGAGGAGUUUAAGAAAGGAAAGUCCCACCUCGCCAUCGUGCAACGUGUAAACAACGAGGGUGAGGGCGAUCCCUUCUACGAGGUGAUGGGCAUCAUCACCCUGGAAGAUGUCAUUGAGGAGAUCAUCAAGUCGGAGAUCCUGGAUGAGACAGAUCUCUACACUGAUAAUCGCACAAAGCGACGAGUUUCUCACCACGAGCGGAAGCAGCAAGACUUCUCCAUCUUCAAACUGUCAGAAAAUGAGAUGAAAGUCAAAAUUUCUCCUCAGCUGCUCCUGGCAACGCAUCGCUUCCUCUCUACAGAGGUAGAGCCUUUCAAACCUGCUCACAUCUCAGAGAAGAUUCUGCUGAGGUUGAUCAAACAUCCCAGCGUAGUUCAGGAACUUAAGUUUGAUGAGAAGAACAAGCGAGCAUCACAGCACUUUCUGUUCCAACGCAACAAACCUGUGGACCACUUCAUCUUAGUACUGCAGGGUCGAGUUGAGGUGGAGUUUGGAAAGGAGGCCCUGAAGUUUGAGAAUGGAGCAUUUUCCUACUUUGGAGUACCUGCCAUCAUGCCAAGUGGUACGAAAACACAUCCAUACAGCUUUAAGUCAGUCCACAGAUCCCCCUCACGCAGCAGUGGUCUGGACCGUUCUGACUCAAUGCUGUAUGGGGGAAGUAUGGGUCAGCUGAAUGGAGGAGGCAACGUCUACCUGCCAGACUACUCUGUCAGACAACUCACACACCUUCAGAUCAUCAAGAUCACCCGGAGCCACUACCAGAACGCAUUAACCGCCACCAGGAUGGACAGCUCCCCUCAGACACCCGACGCCGAUACCCGUCUGACAGAGGGCAACACCCCCACCCCGGACCCCCCAGCCACAGACCACACCGCCACGCUCAUGCCUUCCGAGCACGCCACCGCCACCCUCAUGCCCCCACUCAGGGAGCCCGGCCGGCCCAGCUCGGCUCGGACCAGAGGACAGCAGUCGAGUGUCCCACACACCACCUCCCUGCUGAACGAGAAGAACCGCAUUGUCCGAAGUAAGUCUGAUGGUCAAAAGAGUCCCAGUGAUUCAGUGUUUCUCAGAAUGGAUGAGAUCCCAUACAUCCGAGAGGACAGAUCUGAGACAGAACAUGCUGACACGGCCUCUGUUCCCAUAGAAACGGACACGUCUCCUUUCAUCAGCAGCCUGUCCUUAAGCAGCUCGGAAGACACGCUGGGCAAGAAACUCCUGCUAAAACUCAGCCACAAGAAAAGGAAAAGAUCUCGUGAAGGAGACAAAACCCCGGAGGACCUGUCGGAGCAGCCCCUGGUGAAAACCUAGCAGGAUGCGUGUGAAAUGGACCUGAACAACUCAUCAUCCCACGGUGAUGUUAGUGGCUACUGAGCUACAGCUGAAAACACACUCCACACGCCCACACUGCUGGAGACGGGAAAGUGAUCCAUCACCAGGAACGUGCAGCUCACAUUGGUGGAGGGCACCACUUCAUCACAAAGGUGCAGGCACAGCUUCGGCUUUAUGCAUCAAACCGUAGCUUCUCCUCUUCACUUCUACAUGAUCUCCUGCUGAUACUCGCGUAUAAAACAACUGACAGUGAAUGUAAAAGAUUUGUAGCAGAAAUAUUAGUUUUUAUACAGGUGGAGCGAACUGAAUGUUGGUGCACAGGAAACAGAUGGAGGACACCAAAGAUGUUGUACUUCAAGUAUUGCUCCACACAGCUGAGGAAACAUCAGCAGAACAACACCAGUCACUUUCCUGAUAAAAUAAUUAAAACACACACACACAGAUUUUAACUUUAGAAAUGCAUUUUCUACAAAUUCACAUGAGCAUCAGUGACUUUGGAUGUUUGGAAAUACAGAUUCAAUAACAGAUGGACAACAGAUCAACAUCAACACAUCUUCACUGACUCUGCUGGAGAGAUGGGUUCUGUUCUUCCCUCUUCACUGUGCUAAUCCUGGUUUUCCCUUCAGGACCAGGACGGAGCCGCUGGCUCUGCUGGUUCAGGUUUGUCCUGCCCUUUGUCACAUGUCUGCGCUGCUGAAAUGUCCACAUGUUUCUGUGUGCGAAUCAGGAGUUUUUCCGGUCUGAUGAAGGUGGUAUGAUCUGAACUCCAGAGUGUGUUUCUCUGCUGGAUCUCAGUGUUGGUUUAGAAGUGAGCCACACACACAGGAAAGCAACUCACCAAGACAUCUUUAUUUUCUAUUUUAGUUUUUAUUUGAACAUGUUUCAAACAUGUUGCUUCAGUUAAACAUGUUUAUUUACCAGGUCUUUUCAUGUCCACAUGUGCAUUUUAUAUCUUGAAAAAUAAAGAAAACACGUUAUUUACAUUAAUGAAACUGAGGCUCAGACACAGAUGUCCAGCAGCUUGGAUCUCCCUGUAUGAUGAAAAUCAGACUUUCAUGUUUAUUCUCUGAAUCUUUAAACAUCAUCAUCACUGAACCUUUAUAAUUAUGAAUGGAUCUCAUUAUUUCUGUGUAUUCUUCGCUGUAGGAGAAAUUAAAUCAAACUCCUUGCUCUUGUGACUUCAUCACCUUCAUCGUCUCACAGGAUCUUUUCUCUAUUGGAUUAAUAACUGAAAAUUACAAACCCCAUUUCAAGAGGAG